AUGCUCUCUCAACCUCGCAACCCUACCAGCAAGCUGGGCAAUCCAUUCGCCGCUUCGGGUAGCGGUGCUGCCAAUGCAUCAUCGAUGCCAAGCGCUGCAAGCGCACGUAUGGACUCUUCUUCAAAGGGCGCAGCUAGCAGCGGGGAGGCUUCAUCGACCCCAAGUCCCGUGCGAAAAGAUGCGGCGAAUGGCAUUCAUCCCAUACUUGGGGCAUCAAUGGUGCGUAGAGGCUCAAGACUGAUGGAAGUAUGGGAUGAUGCAAUAAAUCGUCACCACCACAAGUCGUGUCACAUGACGGCUUCAGUGCUGCGCUUGCUGCUCUUCGCCGAGAAGCCGCCGAUGCUCGGGACUCUUCUUGCCCGCAUCUGGGCUUGGCCCAUCAGUGGACUCUCGAACGUGUCAAGCGUUGAUUUGACACCUCGGCCCUGUAGUACGCGGUGCGAGACAACCCGUCGGACAUACCGAUGCCGCUUCUUCGGAAGGGCUCCGAGCUUGAGGACUUGAGGGGGCAUCCAUGCCAGGGAGGCAUGUCGAGAGUCCCCGACACUUGAUACUAGAGUGUCAAGGUACUUGGUGCAACGGCUACAGCAUGGCAGCGCGGACGUUAAUUGUGUGCUGGCUCGAAGCGUGCACCUCUUCCAAUCAUUCUAUCAUCGCAGGUCCGGAUGUUGCUAACCAGCCAAUCUGUACGUACAGGCAUCACACGUCGCCAAGAAGGAGCCCGGGACAAAGAAGCUAGCAGAUCCCGCCCUCACUCCCGCUCAUGCAGCCGCAGCGAUGCAUGCGGAUGAUGACAACGAUGACGCCAUGUCGACCAUUUCGAGGCACACGCUCAAGACCUUGCCGGGCAGGCGAGCCAAUGCUGGAGACAGCGGCAGCGCUUUCAGCUUACCAGGAACGCCACUGGGAGAAGGCGAAGACGAUAACGAGAGGCUCGCUGGCGAUGCUGAAUCGGCGGCCGCGGAUGCGCUCAAUAAUGCUGAGCUUGCUCGGCAAAGAAGAAAGACGCUGCUGGAAGCAGGCUACAAGCUUUUCCUCUUGUUCGUCGUGUGCGCUGGCAUACUCGCUGCCACGCUAUAUUUUGUGCUGCCAGAAAUCGACGAGUGAGUCUACCGGACGCCUUGUUGGGAGGCAGGCUCAUAGGGAGCGCCACAAGUACUGACACUUUCUUCUGCCCGCCCCUUGCAGCAAUGACAGAGAAUACUUGCGCAUACCACGAUCCUUUGAGCAGCUCAAAGAGCUCAAUAGCGUCCUGCAGCGGUACAAAGAUCGCAAUUUUGCACGGGUCAUGAUCUGUUGGGUCGUGCUUUACAUGUUUCUACAAGCAUUCAGCAUCCCCGGGUCCAUGUACAUGUCGAUCCUGGCGGGCGCUAUGUGGGGCGUCGCUCUGGCAUUGCCCAUCGUCUGCGCAAGCGUCGCCACUGGGGCUACGAUCUGCUACUUGAUAUCCGCCUUUAUGGGAGAAGCUGUACUGGGAGCGCUCCCAAAAUGGAAAGCUAGAGUAGAUGCGUGGAAGGACAAGAUCCAAGCGCAGGACAAUCUUCUCUCUUACCUCAUCGUCAUUCGCAUGAUGCCCUUGCCGCCGCACAACGUAGUCAACCUCUUGGCUCCUCACCUCGGCAUCCAAGUGCCCUUGUUUUGGCUGAGCACCUUUUUCGGCAUCUUUACCGUCAGCGUCAUUCACACCACCAUUGGCGAAAAGCUGGAUCAAAUGACCAGCUCGGCAGAUUUCAACCUCAUCAGCGUCAGGAAUGCGGUCCUCAUGUGCGUCGUCAUCGCAGCCGCUUUGACGCCAGUACUGGUCAAAAGGUACACUAGAGCUGGAGCUGCGCCUCUCGAAGAAGCGCCGGUGACACAAGGACAGGUCAGACUUGAAGGCGAAGAAGGCCUCAGAGUCCAUCCUGGUACCGCUAAUGGAUCCAACGGCAGAAAUCGGGGCUUACUGGGACGCACCGCCCUGGGUCGUUUCGACGCGGGACAAGAUUCCGAUGAAUUAGAUUCGGAUGGCGAGGACGACGAGCUGCCCAGGGUAAGCCUUCGCGAUGCUGUCCAGGGCCGUUCCUACCCGUCCAGACGCAACGCCAGAGCACCAGCGGUGUCCAACGAAGUUGCCUGGCGAACGACGGAGAGAGAUGUGGAUGAUGGCGCAUACGCGUCGGAAGAUGAGAAUCGUUUCUCCAGGAAUAGCAGCGGCGCUGCGUCACCCGCGCCAAGCUCAAUUGACGAGGGAGCCACCAUGUUCGAUGACCGAUUGGAAGAAGGCCGUCUAAAUGGGCAUGCGCACAAUCAGUCUCCGAACGCCUUCCCUAGACCUGCAGGCAAGGCUGCUAAGUUGCUCGGCUACCCUUCCAACCCUCAAAAUUCGGCCUCCGGAACAGCAGAAUAUGGAGCCACAUCGCAAGGUAUCGGUCAGCAAGCCAGAGAUCUUUGGGGGAAGGUGACCGGUGGCAAUGGCCGUUGA